AUGUCACAGUUUCACCCUACUCAGCAUGCGGGUGAUAAUGAUUUUCAGAUGUGGCAACAGCAGAUGAUGUACAAGCAAUUGCAGGAGUUUCAGAGGCAGCAACAAUUACAGCAGUCUGAUCAUGGGGCCAGGAUGCAGCCCUCUUUUGGACAGUUUCAUGCCCCUGCAAAACCACUGCCUGCUGAUCAAUUGUCGACAAUGUCAAAUGAAAUGACCAACAAUGAGUCCAUGAAUUCUGCAUGGCCACAUAAUUUUACUACUGGUGACCCAAGUUUGACAAGCAACUCUCAAAUGUUGAAUAAUGGUAGCGCAAAUUGGGAUCAGAUUGUUGGUGCUCCUGGUGUGGGCAAUUUCAUUAAUGGUUCAAUGUUUGCGAAUGCUCAGAAUCAAUCGAUGAGGCCAAUGGGAUUAGCUACCCACCAAGUGGACCAAACUUUUUAUCCAAUGCAUGCCACCAGCAGCAGGGGGUCUGGAAACCAGUACUCCCAGUUUUUAGGGAUUCCUGCUGAUUCUCAGAGUGCAAUGGCAAGGGUAGGUCCAGAUCAGUCUGAAAAGACAUCUAGGCCAUUCAACUCUUCAAUGAAUGAUCAUGGUCUUCACCUGCAAGGUGCCUCCAGUUUGAUGCAGAGUUUUCGUGGAAAAGGGGGUUUCUUAAGUAACAAUCCAAUGCAAAAUCAAAGUGAUAAUAUCAAGGCAGGCAGUCUGGUUACAAUGAAUCAUCUACAACAUGGUUUUCAAACUCAAGAUUUUCAUAGUAGCCCAAACCAAGUUGAGCUUCAAGUGGGUGUGCAAGAGAAAUCAGCAAUGCAGGUAGGGCAAGCAAGUGGUAGGGCUAGCCUUGACCCUACUGAGGAGAAAAUCUUAUUUGGGAACGAUGAGGAUAGCAACUGGGGAGCUUUGUUGAGGGGUGACAAUGAUAAUGGUAAUUCUUUGGACAAUGAUAACUAUGGUGGUGCUUUCUCAUCUCUACAGAGUGGUAGCUGGAGUGCCCUGAUGCAGGAAGCUCUGCAGUCUACAACCAGUGAAAAUAGUCCCAAGGAAGAGUGGAGUGGCUUGAGCUUCCAUAAAGCUGAGCAAAUAAUGGCUAACAAUUCAUUGUCAGGCCGUGACGAGAAUAAGCUUGCUGGAUUAAGUGGAGCAAACAUAGAAAAUGCACGCCCUCCACCACCAUCCAGCUAUGCUGACGGAACAAUGAAUAACCCAAAUCUUGCCAGUUUUCAGCAUGCCAUGAGAACACCCUAUGAGCGAAGGGACCAGAUGCCUCAUGAAUCUCCUAGUGCUUCUGUUAACAAUCACCAAUCAGCUUCAGAAGUCAACAAUGGAUACUUUCAGCAGAACUUAAAACAAGCUCAAUCUGAUGGUAGACAAGAACAGGCGCACCUAGCAAAUGGACUUUGGGCGCAUCAGAAAUCUGAACUGCUAAGAAAUAGUUUGCAGUCAACUGGUGCACAUGCUACACCACCUGGUGCACAUGGAUUUUGGAUGUCACAACAAAAUACAGCUGAUCACAACAUCAACAGAGAGUCAAGUAACAACCAAAAUGACUGGAAAGCCAACAAUGCACUUGGACAAGACAUGAGUGGUACCCAAAAUGUCUUUAAUAGCAAUGAGAACUCUUGGAAAUCAAGUGGAGGUAAUGCAAAUUCAGUCCAGAGACUUCAGCAGAGGAAGUCUGAUAUAAGCACUGCACAAAUACCAAAUGAAAGUUCAGAUGGUAAAAAUAUUAGAAUGAUGGGCUCAAAUAUUCCAAUGAUGACUCAGGAUCAUUAUCAGAUGAUCACUGGCCGGAGUGGUGAGCAAGCUGGAAUGAACCGCAAUAUGGGACAUAGGGUUCCAGAGACCUCCGAGUCACCAGGAAAAAGUGCAGACCAAAGAACAGGCGAUUUCAACCAGGAAUAUCUAAAUACAACCCCAAACGAAAGGCAAGCACAUGUUUUAAACCAUGGACAACACAUAACAAGCGAUUCUGCUCCCAGGAGGCAUUCUGUCUUUUCUGGGAAGGAAUCCGAAAACGUAAGUCAGUCCAGUCAGCAAGCAAUGGCAUCUUACAUGUUGCAGAACCGUGCUAUGGGGACCUCUGGAAUGAACAUUGGCACUUCUCCAGGCAAUCCAAUGUCAAAUAGUCUGUUUCCACCUCAGUCGCAUCAGAUGCGAAAUAAUAUGCAGCAUCAUUUUGGCACAAACUCCCAUGUCUCCAAUAAUAUGCCUUCAGUAAGUGAGAAAAUGAUGAUGGCACAAGAGCAACUUCAAUCUCGACAUGGUCUCCCUAACAGCUCCAGUGCAUUACAUUUUGGAGGAACUGACACGGGUCUGUCUCAGAACAGAGCUGUUCAAAACAGUCAACAUAUGCUUCAGCUUCUUCAUAAGGUGGACAACUCAAGAAACAGCAAUGCAGUUGCUGAAGUGCCCAACAAUUCUCUCGGCAUUGUUUCUGCCCAGCAACAACCGAACCAUCCUUCUUUGCAAGGAUUUGGGUUGAGAUUGGCACCACCAUCCCAACGGCAAUCAAAUUCGGGUAAUUUAUGGUCUGGUCAGACUAAUGUUGAUGCCAAGCAACCUGACCACUCAGCACAGGAGGAUGACCGUUCACAGCUACCUUCCACCCCUAGCCAGUCUUUGACGUCUCCGCAUACAAACUCUCAAUCUUCACCAUUUCACACUUCAGAAACAGAAAACACUGGGCAGCCAAUUGGGCGUUUUCCCCAGUUAAGUUCAGGCCAGCAGUAUCCUGCGACAGAUGAUAGAUCUGGUCCUGCACCCAUGCUACAGCAGCCUCAGCAAGGUAGCUCUGCAACUGUGUUCAAGAAUGUAUGGACAAAUAUAUCAGCACAGCGUCUAGCUGGUAUGCAAGCUAACAAGAUUACACCCAAUAUCCUCCAGUCUAUGAUGUUUCCAAAUAAUGCUACAACUUCCAACUUAUGGAGCUCUCAGAGGACAGAUGAUCAAGGGCAAAAAGCAUCAACUCCGUCAGAUAUUGUGACAACUUCAGCGAACUCGCAGAAUCAAGAUUCGAAGCAAGCUGUUGACAGUGAUGCAGGGUUAGCAUCUUCUCAGAAGGCAAACUUUGAGUCGACUGGAGCUACUCUAUCCGGAGGGAAUGAAUCUUUGCAGAAGCCUUCUUCCGAUGGAAAUUUUGUCAAUCCUGUUUCAUCCUUUGCACAGUUGCGUCAGCAAGGCAUCAUGGGUGGUAAACACGGGGAGAACCCAGGAGCUAAUUUUCAGGCCAUGAAUGCUUCCUACAAUAGUGCUAAUAAUAGUGGUGGCAUUGUGUUACAUGGAAGCCCAGCACCUUCAAACAUUCAGCAGCAAAAUUACUCUCUUCUGCAUCAAAUGCAAGCCUUGAGGCAUACUGAUAUUGAUCCAGGCAGUUCUACUGGAAAGACAAUGAGACCUGAUGUUGGUUCUGAUGCUUCACAGAUUGACUGGAAGUCCGGCCAAAGGUUUGCUCAUGUAGCCAAUAACUCAACCAAAUCGUCUGCGGAUAACAUUGGAAGCCCUGGCGUCCCAGGGUCAUUCCCUUCAGACAUGAAAAUGCUGAGUUUUGCUUCAAGAAGUGAGGAGAGAAAUCCUAAUGUGCCUUCUCAGCUUCCUUCUGGAGAGCGUCUAUCUCAUGGUUCGGUUACUGCACAGAAUGAUAGUCAAAAUCAGGUACAGCCCAUUGGCACAAGCGCAGCAUCAAAUUCUGUUGAAAGAAGUGAGAGACCGAGGAUAAACCCUCAAAUGGCACCUUCUUGGUUUGGGCAUUACGGGAACUACAGAAAUGGUCAGAGUGUCGCAAUGCUCAACGCACAGAAGACCACAGCUUUGCCAUAUAAUUUUCAAAAAGCUUCUUGGAAUAAUGACAAUAAUAACUCUGCUGAAAAUAGAGUUGAAUCUGGCCAAUCUGUUAGGCCUGUGCAUCAUCUCCCAUCAACAAAAAUGGAUGCUUUGGUUCCUUCCAAUGUAAAAGCAUCUUCAAUGAUGAGAAGGCCUAAGAAGCGUAAAGCUAUGGAGUCCACGCUUGUUUCUUGGCAUAAAAUAAUUGAGAGCCCACAAAAAUUGAGGAGCAUCAGCACAUAUGAGAUGGAUUGGGCUUGGGCAGCUAAUAGGUUAAUCGAGAAGGAUGAGGCAGAAACUCUUGAGGAUGCUCCUCUUAAUUAUUUACCGCGGAAGAGGCUAAUUUUGACAACCCAGUUGAUUCAGCAACUUCUCCCUGCUAUACCAUCAGCCAUUCUCAGAGCAGAAGCUGUAUCCGCUUACGAAAGUGCGACAUACACUCUAUCAAUGUUGACACUAAGGGAUGCAUGCAGCAUGGCAUCAUCAUCAUCAUAUAACUCUUGCUCUCCUGUGGACGAUGAAAAUAACCCAUCUGAACAAAUGACGAGUGCCAAGAAAAUGGAAGACAAAGUGUCAAAGGCCGUGGAAGUCUUUGUUGGAAGAAUCCGGAAGAUGGAAAAUGACUUUAUAAGCUUGAACAAGAGGGCUUCAAUGCUAGAUGUGCAACUGGAGUGCCAAGAUUUGGAGAGAAUUUCUAUUGUAAAUCGUUUGGGAAGAUUUCAUGGCCGGAACCAUGCAGCAGCAGUCGAGGGGUCAUCAGCUUCAGAAAUGACUCCUCGUAGAAUUUUUCCUGAAAGACAUGUCAUGUCGUUUGCAGUUCCCGGAAAUCUUCCUGAAGGGGUGUACUGUUUGUCACUUUAGUGGAAUGAUCUUCCAUUGUUUCCUAGCCGCUCAGAUGAUCUUGGGUGCCCUGUGAAUCCCAGUGCUCCUUAUCCCAUGCCAAAGCAUGGCCGAACAGAAGAAUACCACGAAGAGGCCAAGGGACGUGUUCCAGCCGAUCAACUCAGUGCUGGCUGUUGUUGUCCCAUAUAUCAAGUAUAGGUCCCUGUAUAUUGUGGAAAGUCAAGGAAAAAACUGUGGAUCUCCCAUCAUUUUUCUCUGAUGACGAGUAAUUAGCUUCAGAAUUUGUUAGAGAAGUCCAUGCUCACUAGCUUAGCACAUCUAGCGGAUUUCUUCACUAUUUGUCAAUCUUUCUAAGAAAUCCAUGUUGGCAGGCUAGAGUGGAAAUAAUAAUGUGAGCCUUUCUCUGGGUUCUUUGGUUCCUUUAGGAUGGGAUGCAAAUUGGCUAGUGUGUCCAAUCUAACUGACCACCCCUGUUAGUCAGCAGUUAAUUACUAGUUUUAUGUAGUGCUGAAAGCAUUCAUGGAACAAGUGGCGGGUAAAGUGCUUGGAAAUUCUUGUAACUUGUGCACCCGUGAUGUUUAAACGCUAACGGGUUCUUGUAAAUUUAAAGUGCCAAUAUUCCUGAGGUAAUAUUUUA